UGUCUAAUCUCCAUUUAAUCAAUCAAUCAAUCCAAUAUGGGAUUAACGGAAUUAUUCUCGUCUAUUCUCUGGUACUAUUUACUCGCAUUUGUCAUCUGUUUCGUGCUGUACAUCCCGAUAGUCGUGGCAUAUUUCAAAUCUCGCUUAGGCACUCGCGCAAAUUAUCACCUAUGGAAGUCAGUAAUUCUCUAUCCGGUAAUGAUACUUCCGGGAUUAUUUAUUCCUUUGUUCGUGAUGCGUCCUCGAAACACGAUGAAUGUGAGAUUUUGUUCGUGGUUCGUGAGAAAAGUCAGUUACUUAACAGGAUUGUCAUUCGAAGUAAGAGGAGCAAAUAUUGCUGCGAUGGAUCAGGGAGCUGUUAUUUGCUGCAAUCAUCAAUCCGCAGUCGAUAUUUAUGCUCAAAUAUGUCUUUGGAAGCAUUUUAAACUGAUGACCUCAAUUGCCAAGAAGGAAAUUUUUUAUUUGUUUCCCUUUGGACCAGCAGCAUGGCUUUCAGGAUUGAGAUAUAUUGACAGAAGUAGCUCUAAAAAGUCAUAUCAAACAUUGUCAAGUGUUGAGAAAUUAAUGACGGAACAGAGAAUGAAGGUUUGGAUCUAUCCAGAGGGCACUCGAAACAACAAAGGAGGCUUCCUGCCAUUUAAGAAGGGAGCUUUUUACACAGCUAUUAAUGCACAAGUCCCAAUUAUUCCAGCUGUUUUUGCUCCUUACUACUUUAUGGAUGAGCCACAGCAGAAAUUUACUCAUGAAAAAAAACACAUCAUCCUUUCCGUGCUCGAGCCAAUUCCAACAAAAGGCCUAACCACAGCCGACGUCGACUCGCUAAAAGAAAAAGUUUACUCCAUCAUGUUCGCGGAAUACGAAAAACUACGAGAUGAAAUUAUGGAAAAGUCAAAAGACCCAAAAUGGCUCAACAUGCAACGACCUCGCGUAACUCUCGUCGAUCGCAAACUCAAAAGCCCCUAAGUGAUAGAAAUUUCGUGUGAUUAAAAUGAACGCUUUGUUCUCGACAAAAUAUUUAAUUUUCUCUCCAUUCCGCAGAAACCAAUUUUAUAUUAAAUAUAUAGUACAAUGCAUAAACCAAUUAUCUUUUGAAUUACACACAAAAGCAGUUUAAUUGUCAGAUCCUUAUUAAAAUAAACAAUCAAAACAGUCUUAGGUCAAUGUGCAAUGCAAUAAUAAUAAUAAUAAAUGCAAAAUGCCCACAGUGGGCUCAAAAUGUCCAAAAACUCAUUGAACUCGAAACCAAUUAUUAUUAUUUGUAGCCAAUUGGAAAAAAUAAAACUAAAAC